AAUGGUACAGGCAGCAUCACGCUGCACAAUGGUUUCCAGGCAGUGAAAGAGGGUGAUUCAGCAAGCCACUCUCCUUCUUCUUUUUUUUAAUCCUCCCCUUUUCUUUUUAUUUGUAUGGGGGUUGGUGGUUCCUGUUAUAUGCUUACCUUUUUCUUUUCCUUUUUCCUUUUAACAAAUUUCCUUUUUUCUCCUCACCCCUCAAUUCCUAGGGGCUUGAGUGAGUUUAAGAUUGAAUCUUCUUGGAAAUCACCUAUCAUUAAUUUUAAAUAAUCUCUCCACCUCCAAAGAAUAUCUUCCUCAUUACAGUUUGGAAUGUGGUUAAUGAAAACCAAGUAGGGAGGAUUUCUGGGGCAAACACUGCUGGAUCAGGAUCGUAGUUCUCAGACACGGAAUGGCUAGUGUGAGAAACACCAACAGCAGGACCAUCUUAGAUCUUGGUUAUGGCAACUCAUGCAAGAAGCUGUUGAAUUAGACCCAUUUCCUAUAGAUGAUAAACCAUACAAGCAGUGGCUUUUGUCUGGUCAGUUGGAUCACCAGCAUUUCUGCAACCUCCAAAUUAUUAAGAAGUACUUCUGAGAGGUUUUGUGGAAAGUUACAGCAAAGACUGGCCUAUUUCUCUGUGAGAAGGUAUUUAUGAGCCUCCAUUUCUUAUACUACUGCAGUGAACCAACCUUGGAUGUGAAAAUUGCCUUUUGUCAGGGAUUUGAUAAACAAGUGGAUGUGUCAUAUAUUGCCAAACAUUACAACAUGAGCAAAAGCAAAGUGGACAACCAGUUCUACAGUGUGGAAGUGGGAGACUCAACCUUCACGGUUCUCAAGCGCUACCAGAAUUUAAAGCCUAUUGGCUCUGGGGCUCAGGGAAUAGUUUGUGCUGCAUAUGAUGCUGUCCUUGACAGAAAUGUGGCCAUUAAGAAGCUCAGCAGACCAUUUCAGAACCAAACACAUGCCAAGAGAGCUUACCGGGAGCUGGUCCUCAUGAAGUGUGUGAACCAUAAAAACAUUAUUAGUUUAUUAAAUGUCUUCACACCCCAGAAAACGCUGGAGGAGUUCCAAGAUGUUUACUUAGUAAUGGAACUGAUGGAUGCCAACUUGUGUCAGGUGAUUCAGAUGGAAUUAGACCAUGAGCGAAUGUCUUACCUGCUAUACCAAAUGUUGUGUGGCAUCAAGCAUCUCCACUCUGCUGGAAUAAUUCACAGGGAUUUAAAACCAAGUAACAUUGUAGUAAAGUCUGAUUGCACAUUGAAAAUCCUUGACUUUGGACUGGCCAGGACAGCAGGCACGAGCUUCAUGAUGACCCCAUAUGUGGUGACACGUUAUUACAGAGCCCCUGAGGUCAUCCUGGGAAUGGGCUACAAGGAGAACGUGGAUAUAUGGUCUGUGGGAUGCAUUAUGGGAGAAAUGGUUCGCCACAAAAUCCUCUUUCCAGGAAGGGACUAUAUUGACCAGUGGAAUAAGGUAAUUGAGCAACUAGGAACACCUUGCCCGGAAUUCAUGAAGAAAUUGCAACCCACAGUAAGAAACUAUGUGGAGAAUCGGCCCAAGUAUGCAGGACUCACCUUCCCCAAGCUCUUUCCAGAUUCCCUCUUCCCAGCGGACUCAGAGCACAAUAAACUUAAAGCCAGCCAAGCCAGGGACUUGUUGUCAAAGAUGCUAGUGAUUGACCCAGCCAAGAGGAUAUCAGUAGAUGAUGCCUUACAGCACCCUUACAUCAAUGUCUGGUACGACCCUGCUGAAGUGGAGGCGCCUCCACCUCAGAUAUAUGACAAACAGCUGGAUGAAAGAGAGCACACCAUUGAAGAAUGGAAAGAACUUAUUUACAAGGAAGUAAUGAAUUCAGAAGAAAAGACUAAAAACGGCGUAGUAAAAGGACAGCCUUCUCCUUCAGGUGCAGCAGUGAACAGCAGUGAGAGUCUCCCUCCAUCCUCGUCUGUCAAUGACAUCUCCUCCAUGUCCACCGACCAGACCCUGGCAUCUGACACUGACAGCAGCCUGGAAGCCUCGGCGGGACCCCUGGGUUGUUGCAGGUGACUAGCCGCCUGCCUGCGAAACCCAGCGUUCUUCAGGAGAUGAUGUGAUGGAACACACACACACACACACACACACACACACACACACUCAUGCACACACACAAAUGCAGACACAAAAUGUCAAGAAAUCAGAAAGGGAGAGAAUCCAAGCCUAAAAUUGAAACAAAUCUUUCAGCCUGCUUCUUCUCCAAAGUUCUGUAAUGCAGCUAAGCUCAAAUGUAUAUUUAACUUCUAGUUGCUCUUGCUUUGGUCUCCUUCCAACGAUGCUUAUUACAGGAAGCAAAUCAAACACAAUUAGAGAAGCCUUUUACAUAAAGUGUAAUUCAAAUGGCUGCAAAAAACCAGCAACCCGUAACUGCCCUUUCAAAUGGCAUGACAAGGUGUGCAGUGGCCCCAUCCAGCAUGUGUGUGUCUCUAUCUUGCAUCUACCUGCUCCUUUUGGCCUAGUCAGAUGGAUGUAGAUACAGAUCCGCAUGUGUCUGUACUCAUGCAGCACUACGUAGAGAUGCUACUGUCAGUGUCCUCAGGGCUCUCCCAAGACAUCACGCACUGGGGUACCACAUGGUCCAUUUCAUGUGAUCUAUUACUCUGACAUAAACCCAUCUGUAAUAUAUUGCCAGUAUAUAAGCUGUUUAGUUUGUUAAUUGAUUAAUCUGUAUGUCUUAUAAGAAAACAUGUAAAGGGGGGAUGUAAGAGGGGAGUGAGCUCUUGGACCCUCGAAGAUGUAGCUUCCAAAUUUGAACUGAUUAAAUGACACCUGUAUACCAAUUUAUAGAAAGAACAUAUGUGAUGCUUAUGUACAGUGUGGUGGGGGAGGGGUAACAGUUUUCAGGUUCUGACUGGUCUGACCUUUAGAAAGAAUGUGUGAAUAAAAGCUGAGGGUCUUUUCUCAGACAGCAAACAGGUUGCAGGGAUUAGCGAGUAGGGCUGUGGUGUGGACUAAAACCGAGAGGAGGUUAUUGCCUAGGUGCUAGGGGACACCGUUGUCCAUAUUUUAAAGAGUAGACCCCAUUUGUCAUUUCUAAAUUACAUGUCAUGACAGGAGGCUGUAGGAGGGUGGCAGGUGGUGAGCCAGGGUCACGUUGUACACUUCUGAUGGUAAGAAUCCUUUCCAGAAACAGAGUGGAAUUGCCUCCGUAUGACUUGCUUAGCAGAAUACGAGCCCACCUAGACUCUUUUCAGAUGGUAGGUUGCAUUUUCUAUUUGUGGACUGCUUCCCAGAUUCAUAGCCUGCCAAGGUUUUAUUUUUGAGAAGAAAUAUUGCUUUCCUCUUCUGGAAAAAAAAAAAUACAAUUAACUAGUUAAAAUAAAAUCUCCAAAACCCAGGGUGAUCCUUAGAUUAGCAUUUGAAAACAUCUCCACAAACAUUGUUAUUUCUCAGGAGUUUCCCUGACUCCUUUAUAUGACUGUUUUCAUGUUUAUGUAUUUAUUUUCAUAAGUUUGAAAAAUCCAAGAAGGGCUGAUAAUCUGAAAUUUGUACUGCAGUAGAUGUGAGAGCAAUAACUGCCCAUAAGUUACUGCUGCUAAAUGGUGUUAGCAAUAUGAGUUUGUCUCCAAGCCAUGAAGCAUUAGUGUCAAUGUUUAGCAAAAUUACCUGAAUUUAGUUUCAAUUAAGUGAAAGUGCUUUUCCGAGCACUGACGGAGGCACUGUGAAACUUCUUGGUUAUAUACUCGGCAAUACCAGUGUGACUUCUCAGCAAUAAUAGGAACGAGGCACAGGCUUCCCUUCUUAUUCACUUUGGUGAAGUACCAUCACAGUUAUUUGCACUCUGGCCAUUUUGGUGCUCACCAAUGUGGUGAUAUUUCACCUGAAAAAGAAGUGAAACACAUGAAAUGGAUGGUUGGUAAGUGUGUUAUGAGUGGCCAUGGAAGCCCCACAGAAACAGAGCAAAGGAGAAUGCCAUUACUCUGAAAACUGCCUUAAUACAAUAACAGAGAAGCUGUCUCUUUUCAAGCAAUAGAGUCCCUAGGGACCUGCACCCUCCUCCUCCUCCUCCUCCACCACCACCACCACCACUAUCACCACCACCACCACCACGUGAGCUAUGCUGCCUUUUGUAGGAUUGCUUCACACACUAGGAUUUAUUGCAAGGAACAAUUUGUUUAAAAUGGAAAGAACAUCGUUAGAUUGUGCAGCUUAUCCCCUGAAAUAAGAAUGUCCCACUCUCUAUCUUGCUACCAUUCUUUUUGGUUAAUAUUUCAGAUGACCUGUUAUUUUUUUUUUUUUAAUGCCUCCUCAUUCAUAUAAGCUCUCUUGCUUUUCUUUCUGUCACACUCCUUUCUUUUAAACUUCUUUUCUUUGUAUCCAUACUCUUCACUUCUCUUCUUCCUCUGUGUUUUGUCCUUGACAUGAAUGUGGCCUCACACCCGCCCAUACACACACACUUUAUACCACAUGGGAUUAAGUGCAGAGAGCAGACGGCUGCUUGAAAUACACAAGUCUGGAGGGGAAUUUCAUCAGUCACAGAUGACAACAGAGACACAAGGAAAUCUCCAGCACCAUCUUAGAAGUGCUUGACAGAAAAGUUCUCUCUCAUUCUGCACAAACGAUGGGAUUUCAUUUGUUUUACUCAUGCAGACCAAAUCAGGAGAGAGCUAGACAGUUCCCCACUCCUACUAUUGCAGCCUUCCCUAAGCUCCACUAAUCUUUUAUCUCCUGUUCCUUCAGUGGGUCUUUGCGCUAGUUACCUGUAGCCAGAGGUCUGUUAUUGCCAAGAAAACUUGAAUUUAAGGAGUAUUUACAAAUAGAGGUAAGGGUUUGGCCUCUGGAUUUCUUGUUGGAUUGAUUUUACUAGGUGACCAAAGCAAGACAGAUGAAGGGAGAAGGGACAACAAAGAGAAUCACCACUUUAAAAGCCCCCAGGCCUUGGUAAUCUUAGGUCCCCUUAUAGUAUCUUUAAAAGGUGGUUAGGUUAUGAUCAAACUCACAGAUUAUAUUCUGCACUGAGUCUUCUUUUUUUCACAAGAGAAAAAGGCAGAAAAAGCACCAAAUAUUUGCUAUGUAAUCACUUGUUAUUCCCAAAAGAUGGAUGGUCUUACCUUUUGGGCAGGAAAGUGUCAAGUCACUUGGAUUAUAUUUUUGAAAAAAAAAAAAAAAUGGAGAUCCUGCUUCUGGUGGGGGCUCACUUCAGAAUAUGAAGUUGGUGCUCUGAGGCACCCAACCUUCUGUCUCCUCUCUAGGCAAUUGGUUUCACAGUGAUUCUUAAUAAAAUAUUAUGUAGUGUUCUGCGGAAGGGAUGGCUGGUACCCAUAUGUAGGAAGAAUUAAAUCCUGAGAGUUUAAACCACCACCAAUUUAGCAAUGUCUUUGCUAUUUUUAUAUAGUUUUGUGGCUCAGUAUGUUCAUUUUCACAAAGGGAUACAUUGACCUUAAAACAAAAUUACUGAUUGUGGAAUAAAUACUGAAACUAAGAUUUCACCUUCAAGAAUCUAAUGUUUGAACUUUGUGGUGGGCCGAGUCAACUUCCACCAGUUGGAAGAGGCUAUUUUAAUUGAUGGCCAAGAAGCUGGACACUUUUUCUCAAUCUGUUAUCAUUGUCAGAAAAAAUAUUAUCUAAAGAUACUGAUAACAGCUGACUGGCAAUUUAGAAAAUUAGUCUUGGCAAAGGGCACAGUGGAACAGAUGAGAAUACAUAAAUCAUUUUGCGACCUGUCAGGGGAUAGAACAAUAAAAUUGAUGUUUAAAAAUUUAAAUAUUCAUUGUAGAACCGACCAUAUACAAAAAUCUAUUUCUGUUCAAUUCUCUUAACAUAUGACAAUCUACAUCUUAAAAGCCUUAUAUUAUGUAAGAGUGUUGUCCACUAGUUUUGCUGGAAAAAAAAAAGUUACUUCUACAGCUCAGAGGAGUAAAAUUGCUUGAGGAAUUUUGAUCCCAACCUCUUUGGGUCUGAAGAGUAAUCCCCCUCUCCACUCAGUCCUCCACACACAUUUUAAUUGUUAAGAGUCCAACGUUUUAUAGAGAUAUCAUUAAACAAAGAAGGAUACUCCUUUAUGUAAAAACAACAAAAAUGUUACAAUGUAAAUAGUUAAAUUAGUUAUUUUCCUUGUGAUGCAAUAUAAGAUCUCUCUCUCUCUCUCUCUCUCUCUCUCUUUCUCUCUCUCUCCUCUCUCUUUCUCUCUCUCUCUCUCUCUCUCUCUCUCUCUCUCUCUCUCUCUCUCUCUCUCCCUCCCUCCCUCCCUCUUUUUCUCUCCCCACCCCUUUUUGGCACUUAGUUCUUUAACUGUCUGUUCACUUUGACCUAUUUCUUUGGUCAAUCAAACUGAAGUGGAAGCCCUCUGUUUAUAUAUGGACUCCUGUAUAUCUAACUUUUGAUUAUGUGGGACCGAUGGCCAGUACAUCCUAAUAGAAACGAAUCUCCCAGCCCUUAUCUAGCAUUAUCUGUUCACCUUGCCAUGUCCAUCUUGCAAUGAGAUUUAACUUGCACCUGCCUGUUAUUCUGCAUGAUUGGACUCCAAAGAUGAUUACCAAUGAUGAGAAUUGUCCUGUGUCCGUGUUUAUAAAAUGUACUUAAAGCACACACAUGUACACACAUGUUCAUACACACUCUUACAAUUUUAAGUUGACCCUGAAAGUCAAAACCGUAUAGGUCCAGUUUCUUUGCAAGGUCUUAGAAGUGAGAACUGAAGUCAAGCAGCCUCUUGGAUAAAAUGCAAUCUCAGUGAUGUUUAAUAAGGAUUUGAAACCAUUCAAGUCAUUUCUGUGUUCUUUCUCAUAUUUUUUUCAUUUCUAAGUUUUUUCUUUAUAUUCAAAAUGUCUUUGGAACAGAGGAUGAAACAGAGGAGAACUUUGACUUCUUUUGACUCUUCAUAGGGAUUACUGAGUCAAUAUAUUGUGAUUUCUGUUUCUUAUGAAUCAUUAAAACUGAAGGAAAUCUGCUUCUCUUAACAUAAAACCAAAUCCAAACCCA